AUUUACCCGGAAGACCGACUGAAAGAGUGACUGUGUUUACCACCUGACAGGUUUGUUAAUGAGCUACAGCGUUAUUAUAAAUAUAAUUAAAUAAAUAUUCCUACGCAGCUAAAUGUUUCUGCUGUUUUAUUCUUUCUCACAGUAAUGAAAUAAUCCGCCUGUUACCUCCUUUUACAGUCUGAUGUUCCUGUUAAACUACUUUUAGUUACCAACACUGAAUUAAAGCAGGAGUUUGUUGGUUUUUAUGUUUAGAAAUGUUUUAUUUGUCUGUUUGAAAUCACGUGAAAAUCUGAUUUCCGUCAAAACAGAGGAGGCAGGGAAAUGUAGGCCUGUAACAUUUGUAGUCUGAAGACAAACCUAAACCAUGACUACAACCAAAACUACUUCCUUACAUCUCUCUCAGCUCACACACAACAAACAACUUCAAUCAAAUAUGUAAUAUUUAAUUUAAUGCACCGUCCCCGUCAUGUAGACUAAACAGCACAAGGUUAAAGAAAAGGGUCGAUAUUUUGGGGUAUUUUUUAGAGUUAGACGUUCAGAGUGACGCCGCUCUCACGUCCGUGCGCUAAAGAUGAAGGUAACGCAGGUGUUUAAACCAAAGCACUGGACAAAUUAACACGUCGACCUGAUGGCGGCGCUCGAUGAAAAGUCACCGGGGUUCAUCCUCUGGGGAACACGAAUGUCAGAUUUCAUGGCAGUCCGUAAACAAAAAGUCGCUGUUGCUUGUUUGUCUUGUGUCCGCAGAGGAUUUCUAGUCCGAAGCCGCCUCCAGAGACGGCAAAGUUAGACAGAGAGUCCACACCCCAGACGUUUCUUUCUUCCUGCUCAGCCAUCCAUAUUUAAAAUUCCUCUGGACGCACACACUCAGUCUGCACAUGCCCAGUGCAUCAUCAGCAAGUCUCCCUGGUGAAGCAUGUCUUCCUCCUCCUCCUCCUCCUCCUCCUCCUCCUCCUCUUCCUCGGAGCUGCCCUACUUUUGUCCUCGCUGUGGUGACGAGUUUCGUUUCUCGUCCGUACUUGAGCUCCGGGCUCACCUGGUCAGCCGACACACCUACGAGACCCUGCUGGUGCUGUCGCAGGCUCGGGUUAGAAGCUCCAGACCUGGUGCUCUCCUCCCACUCCCCGGCCAAACUGUAUUCCAAACACAGAGCUCUUCUCUGGGCAUGGAAGCCCAUGGCCUCCCCCUGCCGCUGGCCUGCCUGGAUCUCGCCUCGUCGUCUGCCUCCGUCCAACUGCUCAGGGAAAUGUUCAGCCCUCCAGAUCGCGCGCUCCCCUCUUCUGCAGGACAUCCAGAGGACCCCUCCACCGCUCUGGCCCUCCCCGGCCCUCUGGAGCCUUUUCCCGGGAAGAAACUCGGCGAGAUGGGGGUCCAGCUGGGCCUGGAGUUUGGACUGUCAGUGGGGAUCGGGCUGGAGGAGAGACUGGGGCUGGGGUUGGAUCGUAAAAUCGCCCAGACGUUUGCGGAGGUGGAGGAGAGGGUGAACCGCCGCAUGGGUCGACUGAAAGUGGAGCUACAGAAGAGGGAAGCGGAGCUAGAACAGGAGAGGCGGGACGGGGAACGACUGAAGAGUGAGAAACAGGAAGUGGAGGAGAGGGCGGCGUACCUGUCCAGACAGGUCUCUGCUGCCAUGGAGAUGAUGGAGAGAUUAAAGAAAGAUCUGGAAGGAAAAGACAAAGAGCUGAGUGAACGACAACAGGAGAUGGUGGACAUCGAGUGUUUUCUGAGGGAGACUGCAGAGAAAGAGGCCGAGGCCAAAUCCAGACUGCAGGUGUUUAUCGAGACGUUGUUGGAACGAGCCGACUGUGCAGAGAGACAGUUACUGCUGCUCAGCUCACACACACAUCACAACCACUAUACACACCGACAGCGACGCUACGCUGACCCGUACACACUCGCAGAGGGAUACACACCUGUACCUGGCCGAGGAGGACGCAGUCUGGACGGCAGCACUGACGACAUCAUUGCAAACAAGAUGCAGGGAACCAUUGGCAACCGGAGAAGUUACAGUGUUUCAGGCUCCUACAGACUGGGAGAGCAGCUGUACAGCCACCAUAACUACAGCGGUCUGACUGGUCGUAUGCGGACCUUGUCUCUGGGUUCAGGUGGGUGGGACGGUGAGGGGGGGUUGGUCCCCCUCCAUCCCCACCACCACUAUGCUCCACCCUGGACUCGACAAGAGAGAGGAGGAGGAGACGCGAGUAGAGAGAGACUGUGGGUCAGGGAGGAAGGAUGUGGGAGAACGUGGAACAAAAGAAACCGUCGUUACCACAGCACUGAGGAGGAGGAGGAAGAAGAAGAGGAGGAAGAGGAGGAGGGAUUCUGGAGCAGCGCUGAGAUAAAGAGACUUGUCUUCGCCAGGACACACACACCUGGUUCAGAACCCCCCUCCUCCCUCCGCUCCACCCCCUCCCGUCGUCAUGGCGACAGACAGUUGUGGGCGGACACCUUGAGGCUGAGGGCGGGGCUUUUCUGCGUGUUUCCAUAUUUGGACGUGAGCUCCUUGCUGCGUGCGGCCGAGGUCUGCUCUGAUUGGCGGUUUGUUGCUAGGCACCCAGUGGUUUGGACACGCCUCCGGCUGGAGAACGCCAGAGUGUCGGCCAAGUUCCUGACCACUCUGUCUCAGUGGUGUACUCAAACUCAGUCUGUGGUUCUGAACAACCUGAAGCCUCGAAGCAGACGAGCAGACGAGACGCGAGAGGAUUACCACAAGAACACACGAGGCAGUGUGGAGCCGGGGGUGGAGGCCCUGCUACGGUCAGCAGGGGGCAGUCUGCUCCACCUGUCUGUCUCUCAGUGUCCUCACAUCCUCACUGACAGAACGCUGUGGCUGGCCAGCUGCUACUGCAGGAACCUGCAAACGCUCACGUACAGGAGUUCAUCAGAUCCUCUUGGUCAGGAGGUUCUCUGGGCCCUGGGUGCAGGCUGCAGGAACAUCAGCAGCCUGCAGGUGGCGCCAGCUCACCCCUGCCAGCAGCCAACUCGUUUUGGCAACCGUUGCCUGCAGACGAUUGGUCGAUGCUGGCCACACCUCCGCUCGCUCAGUGUGGGCGGGGUCGGCUGCGGGACUCAGGGAUUGGUUGCUAUGGUGCGUAGCUGUGUCCACCUGAAGGUGUUGGAGUUGGAGCAUAUUACUGACCUCGGCCUGCAGGUGGCGACAGAGCUGUGUAAAGCAGGACUGAAGAGUCUGGAAACACUGAUCCUGACACACACACCCGUCAGCGGUCAGGCCGUCCUGCACUUCCACAGUAUGUGUGAUAACAUCAGAUCAAUAGUGGUCGAGUUCUCAGUGUCAGAUUACUUUGAAGAGCCGGACACUCAGGAGGCUCAACAUCUGUUUGGAGAAAUUCUCAACACACUAAAGGCUCUUCAGCAGCGUCCUGGGCUGUGUGACGUCUUGCAGGUUAAAGCUGAAGGAUUCUGCUGACCUCAACAUACACACAUCUGUUUGUACUUCUAUAUGUGUGAGGACCUUCAUUAACAUUAUGCAUUCCAUGGCCCAAAACCUAAUUCUACCCUUAACCCUAAAGCCGAGGGUCUGUCCCAACACCCACAUUUGUGGUAUUUGCGAGCAGUCACGUGCCGUCUUUUGUGACGUAUUUCCAGUAAUUGUAAUUUAAGACCUCAAGCGAGUGGAGGUUUAUCAGAGUUCACUAGGACAUUCUUGAUUAACAUGGCUCACCGAUAUACAUGACUUAAUCGAGCUCAGACGCUUAGUUGGUUUUAUUUAAUUCUAAACAACAGGAGCUUUAAGGAGUAAUACAAGUAAUAAAGCAAUUAAAUCAAGUUAUGUGGAAGCACGUUGGCCCGUACUGUCUAUAAAAGAAUAUUUAAUCUUUUUGUCAGGUAUGUGAUAUCAUAGUACAAAGAAUAGAAGUUCUAUAGUAAGUGAAACCUAUCUGUGGUAAAACUAACUUAUAGACUAAUUUCUGCCAACAACUGCAUUGGUUGGUCAUGCUGAACUGUGGGACACACUGAGCUCUGAAGACCUGGUGGAUUGUGAAUCAUUAGCGCGGGAAAGGAGGCCUCUAGCCAGAGUGAAACAUAGUGGAAAUAUAAUUUUACCCUUUUAAAUGAUCUGUGAUCAAAAAUAAUUUUAACAAUUUCUGUUUAUGUUCUUGUGGACAAAUUAUUCUGGCGUGUUCAAGUACGAAGAACAUUGUGAGUUUGAAGGAUAAACAUAUAUCUGGUUUUCUAAUUAAGUAUCCUGACAUGACUGUGUGACUUCACCUCAGCUAGAAGUUUAGAGAAGCUGCUGAACACAACUGGCCCUAGCAAAUGAAUGGUGCAGAAGAUAUAGCCUUUUUUUUUUACUUUAAAUAGUUCAACUAAAUAACAGACUGUAUGGAAAACAGGGACAUAGCGUCCAGCAGUGAGAGUGAGGCUGCAUUAUGCAUUUAUGCAGCAUUUACACUGGUUGUUACGCUGCCUGGAGGCUUUUACCUUGCAAAUCCAGUGUUUUCUAAUUUUGUUGAAACAGAAUAUCACAGAGCUGAAAUUAACCCACCAUGACCCUGUGGAGAUGAGGAGAUAAAAACGCAUGCUGUGCAGAGAGAAAGUACUGACAGCUGCUGAUUCUGAGGACAGACAGGAUGGACAUCUACUGUAUCUGGAACAUCAUUAAUGUUGAAUAAAACACCACAAAGGAAGUGGGAAUCAGCCUGUACGUGUUUAACCUGUUUAAGAUUUUUCUCUUCAGUUUGCAGUUUGCUGAGCUUGCAGGUUUAAAUCUCCAUCACAUGGAUCAUUUAUCCUGAUGUCAUAUUACAAGUUUCAGAUUUAACUAUAGAAAAUGUACUACAUCCAUCAGUUGAUUAUUCUGAACAUAAAUACGCAACUGCACAUACCUGCCCCGUAUGUCGUGAAUGCUCAGCACCUCAGGUGUGGGUAUUGGGACAGACGCCAAGCCCUUUGAAUAACAGACGACUGGCCAACAUGUCUUCACUCCCACAGUCUAAAACUCUGGUCCUCACAAAGAUAGAUGUACAAGCGCACACACACAUACACGCACAAACAGCUGAAAUACCCUUCUUACAAAACCAGUGAUCCACCAUCUCCCACAACUCUGUCACUCAAGAGUUUAUAAAAGUCGUUGAGGAAAAAAUGUUGAAAAUAUGAACUCGCAAUCGUCUUACUGACUUUUAAGGUGGAAGAAAACACGUCAGGCAGGUGUAAAGUUAAACAUUGUCCUGAGUCAGGACUUACCAAAACCUUGAUCCUUCCUUCACGGUCCCUUAUUCUGUCUGAAUCCCUCAACUAAACCCUUUAGUUCUCUUAAAUGUGUCACAAACCCAUUUUUUUGCACUGUAUGAAGAAAAUCUUUUAUCCUCUCUCAUCUUGAAACCCUUAAUGUCCCUUAACGCAACCCUUUAUUACAGUAGAAUUAAGGACUUGUUCAAAAAUAUUUCUUUCAUAAAGUCUUCUGAUCUUACUCUAUUUUUGACAAGAACCUGAAUCUAAACUAAACCUAGAAAUCAAAUUUAACUUAAAGCUCAAGCCUCCCCAACACAGCUUUACUUUUACUUAAAGCCAAAAGUAUUAGCAAGUUUUACCUUAAUUCUUGUACUGAAAUCAUACAAAACCUUUGUUCUUACCUUAAGAUUCAAUGAAACCCUUACUCUUUAGCUUUACCUUUAAAAAUAAGCACAAGCAGACACAUAUGCACAAGUAUAUUUGCACAAGCACAAGAUACAUUUACUCAUACACCAAAGACAUCAAUCAAAUGUGUUAGAGUUGUUGAUGGAAAAGUGAAUCUAUCAUGCGUCUUUUAACAUCUUUAUAGACCUUAAAGGUGCUACAUGUGUCAUUUUACCAUCAAUAAAUCAUUUUCUCAUCA